AUGGUAUGGGUCAAACAUGCUUCGGAUCAGGUCGAUCAAGAGUCGCGGUGGCGAACGAUAGUCGCUGUCAGCAUGGCCACAACUGUAAUUGCGUUCGCUAUGGUGGUUGGCAGGGUGUGGCCGCGAAGGUGGUCUAUGAAAGCUGAGGAGUGGAUUAUCUCAACUACUCUGGUUUUUAGUGUUAUCUACAAGAUCUUGUGUGUGCUACAAACACGAUAUGGACUUGGCCUACCUCCCAAUCUCCGACCUCUGGAGGAUAAAGCCAUGCUCACGAAGCUCAGCUACGUUGGCAAGCCCUUCUACCAAUUUGGUAUCGCAGGGUUCAAGUUGUCGCUUUGCUUGACAUUCCUGCGACUUACUAAGUACACCGGGCUGCUGCAGAAAAACUUCCACAGCUCCCAUCCCGGACGUUGCCUACCGUUUGCAGCAGUCAACUAUCCUAUGGCCUCGAUCACAAUUUUGUUCGACAUACUUAUCUUCGCCAUGCUGCCUUAUCUACUUUUCCGCAAUCUCCAGCUCGAACAGCGCCGAAAAGCAACACUUUACAUCAGCUUCGCACUCGGGCUGCUGACGACUGUCUUUUCAAUCAUUCGCAUCACAUACUUUCCCGUCGUCAGUACAAAGGGAGACAACAGCGAUGUUGUGAUGUACGGCACUCUCGAGUUCAAGUUCGGUAUCGCGACGAGCUGCGUGCCUUUCGUCAGAGCUCAGCUUCCGAGUGCGAGAUCAGUGAGACAGACACCAAAAGGCUACAAGACUCACGUCACGGGGCCAGAUCCAGCGAUCGAGCUCAAAGACGUUUGCAAAAGUGACUCGGACAGUCAAAAAGGAUUAGUCGAAGAGAAUGCCAGUAUUCGGAGUACGCACACGAUCGUGCACAGAUCGACCAAUAGUGGAACUUCGCCACCGUACGGGAAAGUUAUGGGUUGGUCGUAG